GACCUGUUUUCAACAUGGCAGGCAGUAAGUUAGUACUGGAAGGGAGGAUAAGUAUUACAAGCUUUUUGUUAGGUCUUGGCGUGAUAAUAAUACCGCUGUUUGUUCAGUAUGGCUCACAUGUUGACUGGAUAUUCGAUUACCUUACCGGUACGAACGGAAAAAUAGCCAUUGCGCUUUAUAUUACAGUUAUCAACGGCUUCCUGCUAAUCAUUUACAAGGGACCUCUGUAUAAGGUCGCUGUGCGAGCUUGCUUUCUAGGAUUUGUCUUCGGAUGUGGCUUGAUUAUAAGUUUUACAGACACAACAUGGACACACUUCGGCUGGUACAUGUGUUCAUUGACAUUCUUCCACUACUCUGAAUACCUGGUCACAGCCAUCAUCAACCCUCGCAGUUUGUCUCUAGACUCCUUCCUGCUCAACCACAGUGUUGAAUACACCGUAGCAGCUUUCUCUUCCUGGAUGGAGUUUAUUGUGGAAAAGCUGCUUGUUCCAGAGCUGAAGCAGCAGAACUGGAUCUGUUUUGUGGGAUUAAUGAUAGUGUUCUGUGGAGAAGGUCUGCGCAAGUCUGCGAUGCUGACAGCAGGAUCCAACUUCAACCACAUAGUGCAGAACGAGAAAGCUCAGAGCCACGUGCUGGUCACUAACGGCGUCUAUUCCUUCUUCAGACACCCCUCGUAUGUGGGUUGGUUCUACUGGAGCAUCGGUACACAGAUAAUGCUGUGCAACCCGUUAUGCCUUCUGGCCUACACGCUGGCUAGCUGGCGGUUCUUCAAGGAACGUGUAGAGGAAGAGGAGAUCUCACUUAUCCAUUUCUUUGGAGAGGACUACAUCGAGUACAAAAAGAGAGUCCCGACAGGUUUGCCCUUCAUCUCAGGCAUCAGGGUAAACUCAUAAAGACUGGGACGAAGAGAAAAACAUGGCAUCAUCUAGCGCACUCCUGGACACUUCCUGGACUGGCACUGUGAGUGAACUGGUCACCCGCCGACCUUCUGGCUCACGUUAACGCCAAGGGAAAUGAGUAGACAAGGUGCAGAGAGACUGGCCUGUUGAUCUGCUAUGAGACACAACGGUUCACUCUGAGCAGGGCGGAGCCUCUACCUCGACGCAACAGACCAUAUACACACAUAAACAAAAGGCUAUAAAGUCUCUCAGCACUCCCCUACAUUAUCACCAUUCUCAUUGUCUUUUCUCUCAUACAUCAUAUAAUACUUUACAUCUUCAUUCAGAUCUGUUUUGCAUCUCUGUUAAUCAUGUAGACCUGUUUAACACAUCCGUCCAAUUUGUCAGUUCAUUAUUAUUAUUUUAAACUGUUAUAGAACCAGGUUAGAAUUUAAAGCUAAUGAAACUGCAGCAAGUUUGUACAAUAGGUUUACUAGGAAAAGUCUACUGCAAAUCAAUAUUUCAUUCAACCUGCCUCAUACCAAAUAUACCAGACGCAUACCAGAUUUUAUUUUAUAAAGCUUGAGCGCACUCCUAGUAAAUAAAUUUGUAUUUUACAUGGU